UAUAUAAAUUAUAUAAAUAUGGGUUGUUGCUAAAGUAAUCCUAAUGGUAUCUAAGUUUUAAGACUUCUUAGAUUUUAAUUCAGCUAGUGAAAUGGGCAAAGAGCUAACUGAUUUACACUUAGCUGAAUACGAACCUAACAUUAUAAGUUUAGAAAAGAAAACCAAGACUCCUGACUAAAUCAUACCAGUUGAGCCAGAAAGAGUUUUAAAAAAAGAAUCAAGUUACCAAAAGGAUACAAAAAGUGAAAAAUAAGAAGAAGAAUCUAAACGUAUUACUGAAUAACCUAGUGAUAUUAAAUGGAGCAUUAAACAAAGCAUGUUUGUCAAAAUAAAUUCUCAUAAAAAUGUUGGCGAAUACUAUACAAUCAAAGAAUUAAUAGGAUAGGGUGGCUUUGGAAAGGUUUACAAAGUUAAUCAUCGAUAAACUGGUUACAUAUUAUACUCAUAACAGGCAUGGUUAGAGCCAUGAAGUAGAUA